CUUUUGAACCUCAGUAUCUUCUUCCAUAAAAUGGGCAUCCGGUCACCCUCACCUCGCAGACGGUAGACGAGCUCCGAGCGCCCGACCGUGCCACCAGCGUCCGGCCGUGCAGGCGUCCCAGCCCGGGAGCCCGCCCGCCCGCCCGCGACCACGUGGGCCGGCGGCGUCCGCGGCGGAACGCACGCUGGGCGGCGCGGGGCCCGCCCGAGCCUCUGCCGUGGGGACGCCGGCGGAAGUGGGGGCGCCGGCACGCAGGCCUCGGAUGGUCUGAACCUUGCUAACACCAUCUUCCCUGGCCUGACGGACAUCAGCUGGUCGUCCUUCAGGAUCUACCCAAUCCAGAGCCAGUAGCUCUUUGGUCCAUUAUCAGCAGCCCGGACAAUGCAGACGCCACUGCCCAGUCCUGUGCCCGUGCUCCGGCUGCCCCGGGGCCCCGAGGGCUUGAGCAGAGGCUUUGCCCCCGAUGGACGGAGGGCCCCCCUGAAGCCAGAGGUUCCUGGAACCCCGGAGUCUCCUGUAGUUGACGAAUGUCAGGAAUCCCAGGAACAGCGGGCCCGAGCCCUCCUCCGGGAACGCUACCUCCGCAGCCUGCUGGCCAUGGUGGGUCGCCAGGUCAGCUUCACCCUGCAUGAGGGUGUGCACGUGACCGCCCACUUCGGAGCCACUGACGUGGAGGUGGCCAACUUCUACGUGCUGCAGCUGCAGACGCCAAUAGGCGUGCAGGCGGAGGCACUGCUCCGGUGCAGUGACAUUAUUGCAUACACCUUCAAGCUGUAAAGACGUUGUGGGCCCAGCCAGAUUCCCAGGCUUCCAGCAGUUCCAGAUCUCUGGGCCUCAUAGAGUUCGAAUUCCCUUGGGGUUUGGGGCCAAGCUCCAAGCAACUGACUUCUUAGGUCUCCAGUGUCUCCAGUAAAAUUCUGCAACCCCACAAGUUCUAGAUCGCAUUGAAAGGAAUGCUCUACCUCACAGAACUUUACACUCGACAGAAAUGUGGGUCUUGGGGCAGUUCCCGAAGACUGGAGGUGGGUGGGGCCGGGGAGGGGGCAGUGGGAAUAAAGGAAGGCAAAUUGCAGAGUGGGAAACUGUUUAUUAUAGAAGUUGCAAAGUUCAGUCACCCUGAAGAAAUUCCCCAAUACCACCCUCCUGCCAAAGAACAAUUAUUACAGGAAAAUCCGCCUCCUGUUGUUGUUUUUUUUUAGUAUAUUUUUAUUGAUUUUAGAAAGGAGGGGAGAGAGAGAAACAUCAAAGAUAAGAAAAUCAUUGAUCGGCUGCCUCCUGCAGGCCCCCUACUGGGGGUGGAGCCACAACUGGGCAUGUGCCCUUGACCAGAAUGGAACCGGGACUCUUCAGUCUGCAGACCCAACGCUCUAUCCACUGAACCACACCAGCUAGCCCCCCCCCCCCAUUUUUUUAAUAAGUGUACCCAAACAGGGAUGAAGCCAGAUUUAGGGGGUGGGAGCCUCCAAGGACUUAAUCCCAUGGAGCUGGGCCAAGAAGAAGGGCACAUCAGAAAGCUGGGAGAAACUUGGGAUAAAGGUGCAGGGAUUGGACUGCUCCUAGCCUCAGGGAACAGCUGGAGGGACCUGGAUAACAGGCUUGGAUGUUCUGGACUAAAUUUCUUUAUUGGGUGGGAGGGGAUGUACAUAGCAAGCGAUGCGCUCCUGCGUGGCCUGGGUGGUGUGACCACCGCAGAUUCGCUUCCCCCACCCCACCUGUGGAAAGGCUGGACUCUGCGCGGCGCCAUUGAGAAAAUGGCUGAGGAUCAGGGAUUAGAGUGAAGCUUCACCUCUCCAUUUUGCUCCAGCUCUGUGGCAUGGCCGUCCAAGUCACUUGCUUCACUUAGCCCGUCACUAGUAGUCUUUUGGCAGAUUCGUUUU